AUGUUCUCGACGUCUCACCCUCACAUCACUUCAAUGCACGGAAUGUGGUCAUUCGCCCACUCUCAUGCCGCCUGCAAUGACCCUCUUCCUACCAUUGACAAUACGAACGACUUCGCUUCAGACUCGUUCGGGACCAUCGGAUAUACUGCAGAGUCUGUCAAUCUGCAAACGGGAGGCUCAGAGGUGGAGAUCGACCAAUGGUGGCAGAGUCAGAGCUUCAACGGGGUUGAGGCCACUCUGUCAGACGACAUGAUGGUGUCCCUCUUUGGCCCCGACCCUGAAGUGGCCGGCGGUUUUGCACCUUCCCCCACCAUUACACCCCCCUUCGGUUCCGACUCCACCUCCGAAUUCGUGGCCAAUGUCGGUUGUAAACGCAUGCACUCUCCCAGGUUGAUAGCCCACCCCACCACCGAGCCUGCACCUCUACUCGUUCACCCACCCACAUCAGUGGCCACACUAGCUUCUGGUUCUCAGCUGGUCACUGUUCCUGUGCCAUCUCUCACCACCACUGCCGCCCAGGCUUCGCCCGUCACCCCUACCCCCGAUUCAAUUUGUGUGCCUAAGACUGGAAAGAGAACGAAGCGCACUUUGUCCGACAGUGACUCAACUGAAAGUUCGCAAAUGGAGGCCAGGCCGGCGAAGAAGACUCGCAAGUCAAAGCGAGCAGAUGCGGCCGCCGGUGCGACCCCUGGGGCGGCAAAGGAGGACACGGAUUAUGAAUCGUCAACGUUCGGAACUCUCCUGCAGAUUAUGCAGGGGCUCGCAACGAAACGCUGGAGCCCUCCGCAGGAGGUGAUCGAUCUCACCAUUGACGAGGAUCAUCCCACUACUGUCUUCAAGGAGACCAAGAGGGAGCUGGGCGAGUUCACCAAGAGAGUUCUUGCGGAAUCCGUGCCAAAGGGUGCCCGCGGUGGACGAAUCUGUGGCCCAGUGAAGUCUGUUGCGGCUCCGACGCUUGCAUCGGUUUCAGAGCCCAGGAGUGUAUCCGCGGUGACGACAGAGACAGCUCGCAAGGGUAGAGCGGUCGUGACGGGCGUGGGUGACGGUUCACCAGAUGCUGUCCCUGCGGCGAAGAAGAAAGCCGCAGCUCCACGCAAGAACAAGAGGGCGAACAAAGGGAAGGCUACGGAAGGAAAGGACGGUUUGCAACAGACCGCGAAUAGAACGGUUCCUGCUUCAUUGUCGUCCAUUCGUACGAAGAACAAGUGGUCUCAGCGUAACCCAGAUCCGCCAGCUCUUCCGCCUCCCGUGAUAGCCGCGGCCGUCGAUUUCGUCCAUCGUCCUAGCUCUUCCACGAGUGAGAGCAGUGUAGUGCGCAGCAGCGAGUCGUCGAACAGGUCUACAGCUUCCCCACAUGUCAAGAGCGCCCCAGCGAUCCCAAUGCCGGUCGUAGCGAAUCCGGUCAUCUUCGACUUCUUCAGUCAGCGGUGA